GACUAGAUAGUCUUGUUCAUCUCAAUUGAAAAGUACAUAGUAUCGUGGUCCUUCCUAUAUCUUGAGACCUUCACAUAGACACACAUAAAAAACGGAAACUAUGGCCAUGCGUCGCAUUAAUCGUUACAACUUCGCCGUCGUGCUCUUCGUAGCACUUGGCUCCUAUACUUAUGGCUUCAACUCGUCAAUUUUUGCCUCCGUUACGGGGCUGCCGUCCUUCUACACCUAUUUCGGCUUGACCACAAGCGGUCCUCGUGCAGACUGGAGUACACAGAUGCUUGGCGGUGAUGUCAACAUCGGCAUGUUCCUCUUCGGCCGCGGUCUUCAGGGAUUCACCUCUGGCAUGAUCGAUACCAUUUGCCCGCUUUACCAAUCUGAAGUUGCACCGCCCCACGCUCGUGGACGCAUGGUCGGCCAGCACGCAUUCCUCCUCGUUUGUGGUUAUGCUGGUGCCAGUUGGGUUGGCCUGGGCACCUACUUCGAGGAGAAUUCCGCUGUCCAAUGGCGUCUCUGCAUGGCUUUCCAGGCGCUCGCCCCUAUUGUGCUGCUGAUUGGGAGCCCUUGGCUUCCCGAAUCACCUCGUUACUUGAUCUAUAACGGCCAAGACGUCGAGGGCCUCGACGUGCUGAAAAAGCUUCACCAUACUAUCGAAGACGCCGAAGAUUCGUUUGCGCGGCAGGAAUUUAUGCAGAUCAAAGGACAAGUCGAGAUCGACCGUCAUUCUGAGCUGUCCUGGCUCGGGCUGUGGCGCACCGCUGCUACUAGAAAGCGACUAUUAUUUGGGUUUUUUGUCAUCGCGGCAGCCCAAAGUAGUGGCGUCUUGGUUAUCAACAACUACCAAAUUAUCCUCUAUGAGGGCCUGGGGAUCACGGGUUGGAAGGCUUUGUUGCUCCUCGGCGUGUAUACCUCAUGGGCUGCGUUUAUGAAUUGGGUAAACGCGUGGCUGCUAGACCGGGUCGGUCGUAUAAAGCUUAUGUGUUUUGGUAUGACUAUAGCAGCCAUUAUGAUGGCAUCUUGCUACGUUUACCUUUCCGAGAUCUUUCCUACGUGGAUGCGUGCUCAAGGUGUUUCGUUUUCCGUGGCCGGUUUAUUCACCACGACAUUGGUCUAUACUGGGUCGGCAUCUGCAGCUUUUGCGGCAAUCGGCUGGAGGUACUAUCUUGUCUUCAUCAUCGUCCCAAUUGCGUGCGUUGUCGUCAUUUGGUUCUAUUUCCCUGAAACCAACGGCCUCAGCCUCGAAGAGAUUGGCAGACUGUUCGGUGAUAGUGUGGCCCCCGAUCUGAACGAUAUGCCUUCUGAGGGGGCCCAGAUCAUUGGACAGGAUGCGAGGGUAGUUACGGUUGAGGAGGCAUCAACGAAGUCUGAAAAGGGACGACAAGGCUUUUAG